GUUCCAGGUAAAGCCCUUAGUCUCUUGCUGUUGACCGGCGUCGUGUCCUGUGCUGAAAACGUUACAGAGAGCGUGUUCAGGACUUUUAACAAAGUCGAUCCCAACUCACUGUCGUGUGACCCAGCGGGACAUGUCUUCCUGCUUCUACCACACUUCCGUGACUGCUCGAAGUUCUACAUGUGCGCUCACGGGGAAGAAGUGGAAUUCAAUUGCAACGGCGGCUUGAUAUUCGAUUUCGAGUUGCAGACAUGCAACUGGAAAUGGGCUACGAAUUGUACCCUUCGUGUGGUGAAAGAGGACAUCGACACUGAAGGUUCGGGCUUGGGUUCCGGGGAAGAGACCAUCGGAAUAUUUGGUGAAGAAGUAGAAAACGGACCUAUAGAUAUCCUCACAGCAGACUCAGCAGGCACAGUGAGGCCGCUGUCUCCAAGCAAUUUGAGGUUCUUCAACCACGAGCUGAACUGCCACAGGGCUGAUGCUGCAGCGAAACAAGUGGCUUACAAGGGCGAUUGUCAGCGGUACUGGCGGUGCGUGGGCGGCGUGCCUCAAGCCAUGUACUGUACGGAUGGACUCUUCUUCAACGAGCUGACGCAGCAGUGUGACUUCGAGGCCAACGUCAAGUGCGGCGUGAUACCGGACGAGGAGCUACAAGGCGAAUUCAUUGUGUACAAAAACUAGGUUCAUUGCGUUUAAUAUAAGAUUGGGUUGCGAUCUGCGACGGUGUUGACAUCUGUGCGCCGCGGCCGGAAAUAAGACGCCGAUAAAUCUAUAAUAUAAAAAUAUUAAUAAUGGCCGACUUUCCAGAACUAGUACGCUGAUAAAUAUACAUAAAAAUAUUAAUAAUGGCCGACUUUAUAAUUUUACUUAUUAUUUACGAUUGUGAUUUGUUCAUUUCCUAUCGAAAACGAUACAGUAAGUAAAAUAAUUAACAAAGACUAUAAAAAUUUGUAGUAUUCGUUAAUAAAAUAUGUCCACGUACCUAUGGCCAUUUUUAGCGAAGAGUUAAAUACACAAAUAAAAAAAUAAAAACCUACAUUUUACAAAGGCAAUGUCUUUGACGAGAAUAAUAUUAUAUUAA